GUCUAUUUGGCGAACAUGACAUAAGGGCUCAUCUUGCCCAUAGUGGUUGCACGAAGGUGCUGUAAAGUGUGGCAUUUGUCCAGUGUUUACGAUGGGGUAACUUACUCCAUUGCUCACGGCCUCUGCAAGCUCUUUCAGGGGUCGAUCUUGAAUGGCUUGCGCAAAGGAACUGACCACUCACAUUCAUGUCUGACAUGCGUGGUUGCAUGCACACAGUCAGAGGUGGAUAAGUGUACCACAAGUUGUGGCAGCAUGUUUGUGUAAGCAGUAAGCAGGAAAGGCUCUUCCGAUUGUCGGCUGCGCUCUCCACUCUUGCAAAUAUUGGUUGCCAUGAAGGCGUGAGAUGGUAGCUCACGGCAAUCAAGACGUGUAGGGUUCUUGAUGUUCCGGGGUCCGGAAAUGCAGUCAAGGUUAUGUUGGGGCGACAUGGAGUGAAUGCGGCAUCAUAGGCUUCGGUAGUGUGACCCGCCUGACCAGUGAUGGUUGAGGUCUUCCCAACCAGUUUACUGACGCUGCCCAUUGUUCCCACCUACGGAGAAGCUCUAGCAAUUGCUGAAGGUGCCUUGUGGCAGUUUUAUGGACCGUCCAAAGCAUCAACUCCAGAGGGGAACACAGAGGUGGUUAAGGCCCGCGAGGUGGGAGUUGUGCAGGCUGGAUGACUUCAGCGCGGCUGAACUGUGGCAAGGAGGAGGUGGCUAGAAUGGAAGACCCAUAGCUGGGAAUGGGGAGGCCAUGCCUGGACAGGAUGGAAGCGCUGGCAGAAGCAGAUGGACGAGUUAUCGGCAGGUGUGUUUGUGACAGAGAGAUGAGUUUUGUGCGAGACAGCUCGGUGAACGUCAAAGGGAUGGGUCGUCAGCGGACGGGUGGGCCUUUGGCUAGAACGUGGGAAUGGGGUGAGAGUAUGAGAGGUGGAAAGACCAGAACUAUGGAGAAUGGCAUGGGGAAUACCAGAGGCAGUCAGGUGCGAACAGGUAUGCUAAGGGUUGAGGUAAGAAGGGGUGAAAGGGAACGAAGAGGGGAAUGGCAGGGAAGGGAAGCAAGAGGGGAAAGGACGGAGAGGGGAAAGGAGGGAGAGGGGACAGGAGGGAGAGGGGGAGGGGGGGAGAGGGAGAGGGGAAGGGGAAGAUGAAGGGCGAAGAAAGCUUGGAGUCCCCAUGGUUGUUUUUGGUUGAGUUUUUUUGGAUUCUGCUUCUGAUUUUGCAUUCGUUACGACAUCGGAACGGAAUGGGUGGAAGCAGGGAGCCAAAGAGGGAAGGGCAGAAAUGCAAUCCAGGUAAAGUGGCCUUGUGGGAAGGACGGGGAUGACAUCCAGGUAAUCUAGUUAAAUUUGUUUUUGAAGUUUGAACAGUAAUGUUAGAUGUUCUUGGAUCUCCAUUAAUCUCACCACGACGGCAAGAGUGACCACUUGUCAUGAGCUAAGUUCCCUUGAAGGGAGGGGGAAAUUGGGGACAGUUGUUGUCACUUCUUGGCCAUUCUUCUGAGUGCUGAACACAGUCGUCAGUCUUCAUAGGACAUAGGCCGAAUACCAUUUAGCUAAACAUAUAGGCUGUAUAAGUUUUUCCAACUGUUCCGCACAUGUGAAGUGACUGCCAUAGACAGAAUCUGGGUGAAUUCAACAAAAUUAACUGUAAACA